AAAAAAAAAAAAUCCUUGAAAAAAGAUGGUGAUCUUGUGGACCAAUUUGGAAGGCGAGAAGGUCGAACCGAGCCCGACGUCCCAGAGGCCAAUACCUGAACAUGGCCGGAAUAACAGUAAUGGCCAAUUGAGUUUGAAACGGCGUGUGCAGGUGGCAUUGAAACCGUCGUUACCGUCUCUUUUCUUACCCCUCAUCAAACCGAACGAUGAGAGCAGCAACGGUCGUGCGGCUUCCGAAACGUACAGUCCCGGAGCAAAUACCGAUAGCGUCAGUUUGCCCAGCUCGUUGGAUAGUUCACCCACAUUGGCAGAUGACGAUCUGCUGCGAUUGGUAGUUAUCCGUUCGCGAGAUUUGUCACCUGAUUCAGGUGUUCUCAUCCAAUACGAACCGACUCCCUCGCCGUCCGUUCCGGUCAAUCCAGUCAGGCCGACAACGUUACCCGCACAGCGGGCCAAACCACCAAAAACAUUACCCAUCAUUUAUGGUAAAACGCAGUGUCAGAGUUGCAAGAAGAAAUGCUCCGGAGAGGUGCUGCGCGUCCAGGACAAGUACUUCCACAUCAGCUGUUUCAAAUGCCGCGUCUGCCAGAAUUCUCUGGCCCAGGGCGGUUUCUUCUGCAAAGACGGCGACUACUACUGCACGCGAGAUUACCAGGACCGUUUCGGCACCAAGUGCUCCCAUUGCGGACUCUUCGUCGAGGGGGAAGUGGUCACCGCUCUGGGGAAGACGUACCACAGCAGCUGCUUCACUUGCGCCCGUUGCAGGCAACCGUUUCCGUCCGGGGAACGGGUGACCUUUACGGGCAAAGAAGUUCUAUGUCAGAAAUGCGUCCAAAUCCCCGUCAUGACGGCAACGCCAUCGCCGCCGAUGAAACCGUCCCGCUCCAGUCCGGCGCCGAGCUCGCCCGUUUCGAACAGCGGAGUCAACACGUCAUCGUCGACAACGCAAUGCACCGGCUGUCGGAAGGAGAUCGUUGAAGGCCAGGCUCUGAUUGCGUUGGACUCGCAGUGGCAUGUCUGGUGUUUCAAGUGUGUAACUUGCAACGCCCUCUUGCACGGAGAGUACAUGGGAAAGGAUGGAUUGCCGUACUGCGAGAAAGACUAUCAGCGUCAGUUUGGCGUCAAGUGUGAUCACUGCGAGCGCUUUAUCGCCGGCAAAGUCCUUCAGGCCGGAGAUAACCAUCAUUUUCAUCCGACCUGUGCCCGUUGUUCAAAAUGUGGCGACCCUUUCGGCGAUGGCGAAGAAAUGUUUCUUCAAGGCUCAGCUAUUUGGCACCCGCGAUGUGGCCCUGGCCCUGGCCAAAACACAAACGGAAACAUCACAUUGUAUCUGAACGGCGCUAAUCAAAACCAAGGACACGACGAUAAAGACGACCGUUUCAGUUCGACAGCCGGAAGCGAAUUUCAAUUUUCCAUGAGAUCCAGGACCCCUAGUGUCAAUGGUUCCGUUUGUCCCAGUCCCUCCUAUGGUAGCAUGCAUAAAAAGCUCUCUUCAGCGCGAACGUUAAGUCCUGGCCUGAUCCUACGCGAUUAUGGCAAAAGGAGUCCUGCACCUCCAGAAGACAUCACUCGUUUGUACACCUAUAGUUAUUUAACCGAAGAGCCUACCAUGGGCUAUUUAAGGAAACCAAUCGAUCCAUACGAUCGGCCACCAAAGUCGCCCCAUUUCCACCGACCUCAGAUUGGCGGUUUCAGCAAUAAGAGAAGCAGCUUACCGUACAGGUUGAACCACAAACCUGGCAUGAAAGCAAUGCUGGACCAGAUGGAAAGGGAGACACCCCGUCCCAAAUCGCCACACAUGAAUAACGAAGAACCCAUCGAGUUGGCUCAUUAUCCUAACGCUAACCGGCCACGACCCGGUGAUCCACCUCGUAUUGAGCGCGACGACUUUCCGGCACCGCCUUAUCCUUACACGGAUCCGGAACGACGUCGCCGCUGGUCUGAAUCCUCUAAAAAGAUAUCAGUUUCAGACAGCAAUGAUUUUGACGAUCGAAGCUACGAACAUAGAGAUGUCGUCGAUGGUGAAACUGGCGAAGACACAUCGGACGAUCCUAAAGUGAAAAAAAGCGAAGCCGAACUGUCAAAGAUCGCAACUGGAAUCGGCAAAGUCUUCCUGCACAAUCUGAAAGAACGCGAAAAGUUCCGCCAGUGGAAGAUGAGUCAUUUGGAUCCGCGCAACGCUUCUCGUACACCAUCUGCCAACAAGGAACCGCCGUUGCGUCUGCGCUACGAAAGUCCAAUCAACGCCUCGCCUUCCCGCUUCAAGGACCACCCGCGACCUUUCGAUUACGAAGAACCAGAGUUGGACAGGCAAUCAGCUCAUCGCUCUUCGCUCGGCCGAUCAAUCGGCACUCUUCCCUCCUACAACGUCGUGUCAUCCCGCAGUCCACCUAGACCUGGCUACACAUUGAAGUCAUCUACAUUGCCCGUCAACGGUCGUCAAAAUGGCGGAGACUACUUGGGAGACUAUGCGUUGGGAGGAGGACUCGCUGAACAGUCGCAGCACACGGAUUUCGGAUCCAACAAGUCCGACAUUUCAGCCGUUUCGUUGACGGAAUCCGAUCGUCGAGCCUUAGCACCUGAUCUGCGGAGUAGCAACACGUACAGUAGCCAUUUGGGUGGUGGCGGGAUGGUAUCCAACACGCCGCGUCCGCACUCGCAACAAGGCUUCCGGCCGACGCUGAUGCCCGUCUCGACCAUCAGCAGCCACGCUCUUCCGCCGCAAUCGGCACCCUUCCGCGCCCACACUCAUCUGCGGCGCUCUCUGCCCAACAUGUCGGCGGCCGCUUUGGCCGCUCAGCAGGCGCUAUCCAACGAGCCACCCAAAAUCUAUCCAGCUCAUCUGUUGUUUACUACCAAUUACAGACUUCCGGUGGACGUCGACCGUUGUCAGUUGGAGCGUCACUUGUCGGACACAGAAUUUGAAGCCAUUUUCCAGAUGACACGCUCGGAAUUCUACCGCAUCCCUCCCUGGAAGCGUAAUGAAAUCAAGAAACGCUUCCGGUUGUUUUAAAAAAAACGAAAAUUGUUGGAGGGGUGAGCGUGUUUCUCGCAAAAUUCCUCGACUGCAGCAACACCGCAAAAAAAAAAGGAUUCGAUGGAAUUUUGCUAUUUAGCUUUUUUUUUU